AUGGGCUAUGACAGGGCAUCUCUGCUCCAGGUGAACCUGGCCUCCCAGGAACGGCUAACAGCGCAUUUCCAGGAAUGCCUGAAAAAACAAGCCGCCCAAUCCGCGGAAAGGGAAGCCCGUCAGCUGCAACUGUCCCUGGAACGGGAAGCGCGAAUGCAGCAAACCAUCAAUGAGUUGACCGAAGAAAUAAGGCAGCUCCGACGCCAACUCACCGAAAAAUCGGAGGAUAACGACGAUUUCGUCGUCGUCUCCUCCAAAAGGAGGAGAAGGAACUCUGCCCCCUCCCCUAAAGAGCAUCCCCAAAUCCCAGCCGCCACAAAAACCCCUACAGCCACGUCAUCAGGCGCCAGACCUGGUUUCAGGAACCAGAUCCCUCCCCAACCCGCCCCACAAGCCCCUAAAAGGGAAAAAAUCCCACCGAUCGUCUUACGAGACAAAACUAGGUACGAUCAAAUAACUGCUCACCUAAACCAGUUAAAAAUUAAUUUUGGUCAUACCGUCAAUAUACGUGACGGUAUCAAAAUCCACCCACAAACCAUCGAUGAUUAUCGUAGAACCCAGUCUUUCCUUGAAAACCACAAGGAGCAAUUUCAUUCCUUCUCCCUCCCUGAAGAGAAAAGAUUAUACGUAGUGGUUAGAGGAGUCCUUGAGCACUGGUCAUCUGAAAAAGUUGCUGACAACUUAAAAGAACAAGGCUUCCAUCCGAUUACUGUUUCGCGUUGGUAUAACGCCAACAGAAAACCAGUUCCAAUGGUAUUGGUUGUCCUCCUAAGGGAAGAAAAAGAAAUCUUCCAAGUCCAAGCGCUUGGAGCUAUGAGAAUACGUGUCGAAGCCCAAAGGGCCAAGACACGUAGCACUCAAUGUCACAGGUGUCAAUUAUUUGGUCAUGGUCAAUCUCACUGUAACGCACACCCAAAAUGUGUAAAAUGCGGCAAAGACCAUCUGUCGCAAGAAUGCGAAAAACCUCUCCCCACUCCCCCGUCAUGCGCCAACUGUGGCGGUGUCCACACCACGUCAAAUCAGGGUUGCCCCAGGAACCCGAAACAAAUCGUCAAAGCCCGCGCUUCAACAGCCACCCUUUCAACCCCCAACUUCAAAUGGGGACAGCAAAACAACGCCAAACUUGCUGCUCCUGCCCCCGCCCCCCUUCCUGCGACCACCCCAACUAACGGUUCGUCUCCCGAUCAACACCAAAUGUUCGCCGCCUUUAUGUCUAACAUGCAACAGCAAUUUAUGCAGCUGAUGCAGUCAUUCUCCCCUGCUCACCAACUCGCUUAA